UCUUAUUUCCCAUUUAGGGCUAUAGGGUUUUCCGGGAUCCCAGCGACAGGAUCGACGCUUCCGCCAUAGCUCGGAGUCUCCAAGGUGUGAUUUUUGGCGUCUAUCCGCCUAUAAGCAGCUCCAUCGCUUCCACAUUGGAUCUAGCAUUCGCAGCUCCCGGGGGGCAUUGUUCAUCGGGAUUUCCUGCUCGAUUUCGCGAUUUAUGGUUCCUAGCGGGGCAAAGAUUGCACAGGAGGAGCGGCGGCGGCACCGAUUGCGCGGCCGGGCAGCAGCGCGGCAGUGAUUUCUCCCCCCCUCUUUGCUCACCCUCCUGGUGGAAAUAUUUUGGGCCUUUUUGGGCUCUUCCGGGAAUGGGCGUGAGUGGGAUUUGCCCCCAGCGGAGGAAUGUCACAGGGAAUGAAUCCGACUGCCCGGGGGAAUCCACGAUCUUCUUCCAGAAGAAGGUCCUCAAGGACUGCGCCAGCACGCGCUACACCGACGCCGACACCAAGAGGCUCCUCCUCCAAGACGCGGAUUUCCGGCAUAGCUGGUUCGUCUCGUCGCUCAAUUUCGCGCGCCUGCUGCUGCUCUUCGCCGCCGUGGCCUUCCUCCUCUCCUCGGCCUUCAUCUAUGGAUCGGGCGUGCUGCUGCUCAGGGCCAACGAUCUGGGCCGCCAGUGCGUCGCCGCUUCCUCGUCCUCGAUGAUUCCUCCUUCUUCACGCACGUAUAGGUUCGCCAUGGUGACGUGCUCCGAUGGCUCCUCCAGCGUCCCGCACAGAUCGUUCGAGGGGCUCAUGGAGCUGGUGACGCCAAACAAGAGGGCGUAUGUGGAUCUUCACGGUUAUGACUUCAUCGAUGCGAGCGAUUGCCUGGACAGGAGCCGGCCUCCCAGCUGGAGCAAGAUCCUCGCAGUACGCAAGCACUUGGCGAGCUAUGAGUGGGUCUUCUGGAAUGACGCGGAUUCUCUAGUGACUAAUCCGACGAUUUCUCUGGAGGAUAUUGUGAAUUCGGUCGUUGGCGACGUGGAGUUUCAAGACAUGCCAGAUUUCAUCGUUACGGAAGACGUUACUGGCGUCAAUGCAGGCAUGUUUUUCUUCCGCAACUCGGAGUGGAGUCAACAGUUUCUGGAACUGUGGUGGAACCAGACGGCGUUUAUUAAACCCUUCGGCCACAGUAAAAGCGGCGACAACGACGCCCUGAAGCAUUUAAUCCGGAGCAUGGAUGCAGCAGAGAAAAGGACUCACGUACGCGUAGCGCCUAUGCAGUGCCUCUUCAACUCCAACUUGUGGAGACCCUCCUGGAAGAACGGCCAUCGCUUGAUCUCGUGGACAAAGUCGGUCUGGCAUGGAGUUUAUGCCAAGGGGGACUUCAUGGUCCAUCUAGCAGGUUUAAGCGACAAGAAGACUUGGAUGAAGAAGAUUCUCAAAGAACUGGACGAAGAGAGAAUUUGGAGCACAGGAAAUCGUCGAGCAGGUCCUCCCUAAACUUCGAACAGGCAACGCAUGGCCAAAACUACACACACCCACACACAGUACAGAGCACGGGAAAGCAUUUUGGAUUCGAGGCACAUACUAUUCUUUUUUUUUCUUUUCUUCCCCCUUGUUUCUUUUCGGUCGGGCCAUUUCGUUUUGCGGCAUAGCUCACACUAUUCUAUGGUGGAUUUCUUCGCUCGCAGAGCUGCCGGGGACGACAGGGCCAAGGAUUUGUACGAUGAUGACGACUACGAACGAUGACGAGCGAUUACGCUGAGCAGCUACUGAGCUUGGUGGAGAGAUUUCUCUCUGCGAGAAGAUGGUGAAGACGAAGAUACGCGAGAGUUUGAUCCACCCAGGUUCCAUUUUUGAUUCAUUCAUGUUGUAGGAGAAGAAGAAGCGUGCAGUGGCUGCUCGUUUGUUUUAUUACUCUCUUUCUUUUGUAAAGUUAUAGAUGAAUUGGAGCACACUGAAGAAAACAAUGAUGUAAA